AUGAUCCAAGAAAGACUGAAUGACGCCGCUAUCAGCCUCCAUAGGGUGCUGAGACGGAAUAAGGUAUCUUUUGGUAUUUUUGGCGGUUAUGCUAUUGGCGUUCUCGGUGGUACUCGUGAAAGCAAAGAUAUCGAUUGCCUCGCAUCUGCAUCCAAGGAACAAAUUAUCUCUAUGAUGGAUAAGAAAGACGGAUUCGUUCUCAUCCCACAAUGCCGCCAGGACUACGUUGCAUUUUUCUGGUGUGGCAACCCUCCCGAAGAUAGGUAUCCAGUUCUCGUGGAGAUCUUUUGUGAAAGGUUUCCUGGCUCCCAGCAUACCAUGAAGUGUAUAAAGACCGGCGAACAUAUUCUAAGCGGACAACAGUUUGGAAAAGGCAUUUCGUGUUUCUUCGACCCCUUUCAUCUAUUCAAGGGCAAGCUUCGUGCUGCCGCUACCCGCUCAAAAUCCCAUGAUGCCGAGGACCUUUGCUGGCUAGCGGAUCGAUUCGGUACUACUCUCAAGGAAAGAAGUAGUGAACUAAAUCUUGAAUACCUCAGAGUGGCGAUGGAGCGAUAUCCUGAGCUCGAAAAAAUGUUUCGGGAACUCAACGUCGAUCUUGCAAGCGUUCGAAACGCUUCAGACAGCUUAGAGCUACCCUGCCCUUCGACGUUGACACCCGAAGCCACACUGGCACUUGAAUAUACGAUGGCCCCUGGGGAUGUCCAGUUUGGGCUGCUUGGAUAG